UUGCAUCUUCACUCUGAGCCAGAAUGGAAGGUCACCGUUAUAUGCUACUUCACUCUGCAAGCAUAAUACUGGCCAUCGCUAGCCAGCUAUUUUCUGAGACCUUUCACGUACUAGGAUUAGAACUUAAAACAUCUGAUGGUUUGUACAGGAACUCACCAGCCAUAGUUUCUGAGACGUUCCCUCUGGACGUGGCCAUGGACAGGUGGGCAAGGUACACCUGGAUCCUGGUCCAGGCCUGGAAUGCUGCCUGGCUCCUGCACUCUGCCUUCACCGUGUUCAAAAGGAAUACUUUCAGCCCCUUGUGCUACAACCCUGAGAUCCAUCCCCCAGCAUUCUUCCUCAUGUGGGUUGUGAUUAACGCUGCAAGGAUUGGUGGGAUGUUUCUAUGGGACAAGCAGGAUCUUCUGGGAACUCUGUUUUUCAAGUUGAUGGUGCCGUUCCUAAGCUUCUUCAUGCUGUAUAUGUCCUACUGCAACUUGUACCGUCACAGAGCAUGGCUGGCCAUCAACAACCCUAAGGAGGUCUGGUGCACACGCUAUUUGACCCAGAACGGGCUGGUGAUGUUUGCCUGGUGGACCCUCCUGGAGACCCUGGUGUGUUUGGGGGUAGUCUUGAAGCACAAGGCUGGUCUGCAGGACCCAAUGGUCAGCUCUGUGGUCCUGAUAUUAAUCCUACUGGGGAUGAUGCUCUGGUUUGCUAUUCAAAUACUUUUCCUCUCCAAGUAUAUCCGCUACACCUUCACCGUCUACCCAGUCUUGGUUUUGGGCUUGGGGGCUAUGUUCACCAGGGGCUACCAUGUCCACAACCUAGCCCCCAAUACUGUCUACUGUGGUGUCCUCAUGCUCACAGCGACCGUCCUGAACUGUGUGCUCCUGAUUGCUGCUUGCUUCUACACUGAUGAGGCCUCCGAUUCCUCUGACACACAUCCCCACCCCCCACUUGACGGGUGUAAGACUGUGUGCCAGCAAGUUGGCGCAAACAGCAAGGAAUUUGCCAUCGCCAAUCCAGUUUACUGCCAGAAUUAAGGAACAAGUUACCUUGGAUUAAAUGAUGCGCCUCUUUUGUGGCAAGGUGAAACCUUGUACCAAGUUGUUAUGUGUAAUGCACCUCACAGAAACUACCAACAGGGGGCAGCAUAUCAAUAAGACAACUUUGCUGAAUGGAAAAAAGCAUUUACUGUGUGUAGAAAUAGACCCCUCCAUUUGACAGGUGCUUAACAUUCAGAACCAUGCUGCUCUAUCUACUCUGAUUCCGUAUAGUUAGGACUCUUUAAGCUCCUCCAUCCCAUCAUGCUAAGGACCAGCAUGUUCUAGUACUGAAACGUUUGUCUGCAUUUAAGUCAGCUUCCAAGAGAACAGCUUAACCUUUGUUGAGGAAACACAUGAAUGACUGUCUGACAGAGUGUAAAAAUCAUGCUUUGAGAUGGAAGCUGUUUGCUACACUCUACACAUACAGUACUUCUGCUUUGUCGAUGCGAGAAACAAUUUGUUCUGACAGCUGCUGGCAGUGUCGGCUUUAUGAGCUGCGUGAGCUCAUGC